AUGGCAGAGGGAGCGCCCCUAGACGUGCCCUUUGCAGAGCUGCGUUUCCUCGCCUCCAUCUCGCCCCACCACCUCGCCUCCAUCUCGCCCCACCACCUCGCCUCCAUCUCGCCCCACCGCCUCCUCCCGCCCUCCCGCCCGGCCCCUCCUGCUCCUCCCUCCUUGCCGCGUCCCCAUGCCGCUGCACCGUCCUCCAGACCUCCUCCCGCAGCCACCCAAGCGCCUCCGCGCUCGCCCCUGCCACCUCUCGAUGCCACCUCGCCCGCCCUGCGUCCUCCUGCUGCCCCGCCGUCCGUGCCUGCCACUGCUGCUGCUGCUUCUGCUGCAGCUGCUGCUGCUAGUGGCGGGGCUGCAAGGGGUGCUGCAGGGGGUGCUGUUGCAUGGGGUGCUGCUAGUACUGGAGAGCCAUCCCUGUCACCACGCCCACUCCAUGCCACCCUAAUCCCCACAGCCAACCCCACCCCCACAGCAACGCCCACUCCCCCCUCAGCCCCCUCGGCCCCAUCAGAGCGCGUGCGGCGUUCCCCCCGCCUGCAGCAGCACCUCUUCGCCCCCCGCCCGGCCCCCCCUGCCGCACCCACCACCGCUGCACACCCCACUAGUGCGGGCGGCAGGAGGGCGACGGCGGCAGGGAGGGCGGGGGCGGGCGUGGACCGGGCGGCAAUGAGAGAGUGGGUGGAGCGGGAGGCGUGGCGCGUGCGGCGGCAGAACCCCCACAUGACGCCCGGCGAGGCCCGCCUCGUGGCGCACGCGCGCUGGCGCCGCGAGAGGCGGCAGCGGCUGCUGCUGGUGGGCCGCGGUGGUGGGCAGGCGGGCAGAGGGGCGCGCAGAGCAGAGGCGGAGGCGGAAGAUGAUGAGCGCAGCGGCGGGAUGCGAGCGUGGGAGGGUGGCGCGGGCGAUGAUGCAGCGAGCCCGGCGUGGGGCGGUCUGGGUGAGCUGGGGGUGCGGGAGGUGAGGGCGGAGGAGUUGGAGGAGCUGGCGGAGGAAGAGGAGGGGGAGGAGGAGGAGGAGGAGGAGGAGGAGGAGGAGGAGGAGGAGGAGGAGGAGGAGGAGGAGGAGGAGGAGGAGGAGGAGGAGGAGGAGGAGGAGGAGGAGGAGGAUGGAAUGGAGGGCGAAGGAGUGGGGCAGGGCGAGGAGGAGAGCGACGUGGUGGAGGUGGCCUUGCCCUUGCCUGGGCGGGCGGGGCUGCACUGCUCGCCUGGCAGCAGCGCGGGCAGUGCGGGCGAGGAGGGGGGGGAGGAAUCGGAGGGGGAGGAGGAAUCGGAGGGGGAGGAGGAAUCGGAGGGGGAGGAGGAAUUGAAGGGAGAGGAGGAAGCGGAGGGGGAGGAGGUAGCACAGGGGGAGGAGGAAUCGGAGGGGGAGGAGGAAUUGGAGGGAGAGGAGGAAGCAGAGGGAGAGGAGGAAUCGGAGAGGGAGGAGGAAGCGGAGGGGGAGGAGGAAUUGGAGGGGGAGGAGGAAGCGGAGGGGGAGGAGGAAUUGGAGAGGGAGGAGGAAGCGGAGGGGGAGGAGGAAUUGGAGGGGGAGGAGGAAGCGGAGGGGGAGGAGGAAGAACAGGAGGAGGAGGAAUCGGAGGGAGAGGAGGAAGCGGAGGGAGCGGAGGAGGAAGCACAGGGGGAGGAGGAAUCGGAGGGGGAGGAGGAAGCGGAGGGGGCGGAGGAAGAACAGGAGGAGGAGGAAGCGGAGGGGGAGGAGGAAGCGGAAGGGGAGGAGGAAGCGGAGGGGGAGGAGGUAGCACAGGGGGAGGAGGAAUCGGAGGGGGAGGAGGAAGCGGAGGGAGAGGAGGAAGCAGAGGGAGAGGAGGAAUCGGAGAGGGAGGAGGAAGCGGAGGGGGAGGAGGAAUUGGAGGGGGAGGAGGAAGCGGAGGGGGAGGAGGAAGAACAGGAGGAGGAGGAAUCGGAGGGGGAGGAGGAAGCGGAGGGAGCGGAGGAGGAAGCACAGGGGGAGGAGGAAUCGGAGGGGGAGGAGGAAGCGGAGGGGGCGGAGGAAUCGGAGGGAGAGGUGGAAGGUGAGAGAGAGGUGGAAGGUGAGAGAGAGGUGGAAGGUGGCGCGGAGAUGGAAGGGAUGGGAGCGGGUGGAGCGGGUGGAGGAGGGGCAGAGGGUGUGGCGCGGGGAAGGGGGCAUGUUGGUGAUGUGGGGAUGAGGGAGGAGGACUUGGCGGCAAAGACAGCGGUCGAUGGCGGACAGCAGGAGGCGCAGCCGGGGGGGGUAGGGCAGGCGCAGGAGAUGGAGGAGGAGGAGAUGGAGGAGGAGGAGAUGGAGGAGGAGAUGGAGGAGGAGGUGGAGGCAGAACAGCGCGAGGAGGGAAUUGAGAGGAUGGAAGUGGAGAGCGAGGGAGUGGGUAUGGAGGAGCGAAUGGAGGUGGAGGGGAGGGAGGAGAGCGAUGUGGUGGAGGUAGUUGGGGAGGGCGGGACGACGCAAGAGCAGGGCGGUGGGGCGUGCAGCUCCGAUGGCGUGUGGCCUUUGGCGGGGCCGACGGAGGGGGAGGAGGACAAACAGGGGCAGGGGGAAGGGAAGGGGGAUCGGGAGGGGGAAGGGGAGGAGGAUGUGGUUGUGGUGGAUGACAGCGAGGGGAGUGAAGGUAGCGAAGGGAGUGACGGCAGCGAGGGGAAGGGAGGGGGGGAGGGAGUUGAUGAGACAGACGCAGGCGGCAAGAAGAAUGGAGAGGGCGGUGCGGGAGGCGCUGAAGGGAGGGGUGAUGCGGCUCGGCGGGCGGAGGUGGGGCGAUUGGCAGGGGUGGGGCAGGAGGAGAGGGGACUGGAGGGAGGGGCGACGGGCGGAAAAGAGGAGAAAGUGAAGGUUAUAGAGAAGGAAGGUGGGGAGGGAGGAGCGGAGGGAGGAGAGAUGAGGGUAGAGGAGAGAGGAGAGAGUGGAGGAGAGAGACCGGGGGAAGAAGGGGAAGAGGGAGGAGUGGAAGAGAGAUGA